AUGGCGCUCAGCAGGAGGGAAGUCUUCAUAAGGAAAGUACUGAAACGACUGUAUGCUGACACUUCCUCGUCUUCUCCCGUGCACACCUCGAGUGGAGAAAAGGAGGAGACAGUUCUUGGAAACCUGGGCUCAAAAUCCCAAGAGAAGGAUCUGGAGAGUGCUCAGACUUUGCCAGUAGCUGCCAGUACAUCAGGUGAUGCACACUGCAAAUCACUUGAAGGUAAUGUCAACACAAUUCCACCUCCAAGGAUGUACACAGUGGAUCUCCCUCCUGAGGGUUAUGUUGCAGUUGCUGCAAAUACUGAUAGUGUCUCAGUUUCUGAAAAAUCCAAGAGUGAUGCUGACUCAACAGAGGAGGAAUAUCAAGGACAAACCAAGAGAAAGCGCGUUCGAAGGAAGAAACAAAAAAGCAGUUUGAAAAACCCUAAUGAUUUACAUGGAGAACAAACAGAAUCUGGAAUUCAAAAGACUCCUUUGCAAGAUAAUUUACAGCGGCAGCAGAUAGACAACCCCAAAAUGAGCAAAAACAAAAAGAGGAAAAUGAAAAAAAAGCGACAAAAGGAAAAAAUGAGAGCAGCUGGCUUGCUAACAAAAACUACCGGUGUAGAUUUUACAUACCAGCCUGAUAAAACCAGCACUGAAGAAGGAGCAGACCUUAAGGACAUAGAUGAAAAGACACAUAGCAUUCUAGACUUCUUACAGGCAACACAACAAAUUUAUUUUGCUGACAAUAAAUCGGAAUGCACAGAUCCAGCUGUAAAUUCAGCAGMUGCCCAAGAGCUUUUACGAUAUCUUGAAUCUCGCAGGAUGGCUUCCUCGGACGUGACUCUCCUACACCAACUGAAAUCCCUUGUAUUGCUACAGGAUGUUGCAAGAUUGAGGAAUGCUUUGCAGGAAUUCCAGGAACAUUCCCUGAUGCCUCCUGAUCAUAUCAAGAUAGUCUCCUCUCUGUUUCACUACUGGAUUACAGAUAUCCUUCCUGUGCAGAACAGGAAAUAAAUGGCCUGUGUCCAUAUGUGCGAGGUUAAAUGUAAAAUACGAACUCUUACCCAAGUAGCAAUUGCUCAGGAAGAGCAGAGUCGGUUUGCAUCCUACACACACAGAAUUGUAGGGCUGAAUUUCUACAAGGACAGAUACAAUGGUUAUUCGUCUGCGAAGAAUGACACCUGGGUAUAUAAGGUUAUUGCAGACUCAAGCUGCAGGAAAAAUAGUUAUCAACUCGACAGACACGCUGCUGCAGCGUACAGCCGUGCUCCUGGGAAUGUUUGGGAUCAGCAUAUCCAGCUACAGCACGCACCAGCUAGCUCGAGCAAAGAGACUUCCCUUGACCCUUUGAUCCGCGUUGGGAUGUGACUCAAGCAGUGAGCCUCAUGUCAGCAGUGCCGAUGAGCGGCUUCGCGCUCUCAGUUAUCAGUCUGGA